CAGUGUUUUGUUUACAUCCUUCCCAGACACCACGCGCAGAAAGCAACGAAGUUUUCACUUUCAGGAGCAUUGUGUUGGUGUGCCUUUUUUUCGACCGUUGGAAGUUUACGGCCACCGUGACCACCGAGAUGGACCUGUAGAAAAAGACACAUACCUUCUUUUGACCGCCCGAAACAGCUGGUACAAUACGCGACACGAGAUGUGGCGAAUUAUUUAUACUCGCGCGCGCUUUUGUUUUGGCCACAUGUUGGUGUGCUAGUUCUGAUGAUAAUGUUCGUGUCACUAGACAACCAGCUUAGCCUGUUCUGUCCUUCUGUCCUAGUCGAAUAUUGUCAUCCGACCAGCUUGAAUGAGCGCUGCACAGAUGGUGUCGGCGUAAUUGGCGCAUCACAUUUGUUAGCAAAGUUCAAUCAACCCGCAUCUGAAGGACGCUGCACGAACGUUAAGAAUAAUGUCUCUCGAAGUGACCUCCGAGCUUUACGCUGAAGCGGAAUUUUGCAGUACAGAUUCUGGUAAUGGCAAUGCUGUGUCUAAAUUUACCUUCGUUUACCCUGGCCAAAGUCAUCAUCCGUCGACUGUUGCUGAAGCGAAUGGAUUACAGGCACAUAAAUCUACCCCGAAAAGCAAUGGGAUAGCAGCAGCAUCACCGCCACCCGCCCAACACGACAACGACGAAAAUGGUGGAGAAGAAAGUGCCGAUGGGAGCGAUUCUGAUUCCGAAAGCGUUUCCGAGUCUGGUGACGAUGACGAUGCUGAGUGGAACGAUUGUUGUUCCGGUUCUACUACUAAAGUGCCGAACAACACCCCGCUUGAGCUUGAGGUUGACAAGGACGGUGAUGUUCUGGUCAAACGUCUCCGAAAGGGCACUAUCGAAAUUGAGCAUCGUAAAUCGACCCGUCUGGACCUGGUGGGAUUGCAAAUCUGGCGUGGAGCGUUGCUGUUGGCAGACUAUAUUUUACAUAAUGAGCGAAAGUUUAAAAAUAGUCACAUUCUUGAACUGGGCUCCGGCGUCGGUUUGACGAGCAUCGUGGCCAGUAUGUACGCACGGCAAGUUAUCUGCACUGACAUCGACAUUGGAGGUCUGCUGGAUCUGAUCAGAAGCAACAUUGAAAGGAAUGCCUACCUAUCCAACCCACACUGCCGGGUGAAUGUUGAGGAACUUAACUUCAAAACGAGUUAUCAGGAUUUUACGCGAGAAUUCAAGAAUCAACUGCAGACGAUCAACUACGUCAUAGCGGCCGAUGUUAUCUACGAUGACGAAAUAACCGAAGCGUUUGUGCGAACAAUUGUGAGUUUACUGCUCGAGCUCCCGAAGCUAAAGGCAAUUUAUAUCGCGCUCGAAAAGCGGUAUGUGUUCACACUGGAGGACAUGGAAUCGGUCGCUCCGUGUUACGACUACUUUUUGCGUUACUUCGAAAAGCGUAACAACCGCUUCGGCGUUAACCGUUGGAAGCUUAUAAACGUGUGCAUGGAUUUUCCGCGCUACUUUGAUUACGCCAAAGUGAAGGAUUUGGUGUUGCUAAAAAUUUGCCACGCUGGCAAAUAAAGUACACAAUGUGAUUAUAGUUGAAUAAGCUGGUUUAGUUUUAGUGGUUAAAGCGGUUUUAGUUUCACGAUAACGACAUACUAUUGUAAAGUUUGGGGCGAUCCCCGUGCGUACGAAGGUAUGCAGAUCGUUAGCGUUUCACGCGCAAACGCGGUCACUUACUUCCGCUCAGGCGUUUAUUCGAAACUUGUCGUUUCAAUAGGUAUCGGAGCGGGGCUUGCGCGCGAGGUUGCUUACCUGAGGUUUCAAAACCGUUCAAUUCCUGAAAUUCUUGUUCAGCAGCAGAGUGGGUCAUGCGCUGAGCAAUUGCCGGUCUCCGUGGGAACGCGAGUAAAAGAACGCUCGGUUUGAUCUCUCAAACUGAAUAGUCGUGAAUGACGGUUUAUUAAUAAAAUUUCAUGCCUUA